AUGCGCUGCGGGCGAUUGGCUCUCCUGCUGGCCCCAAAGCAGGCGCUUGUCAGCACAGGAGGCAAGGCGGCAUCCUCCACCUCCCACGCCUUGCCGCUGCGGCGGCUGGUGGGAGCUGCAACUCUCAGCACAGCCCCGGCGGCGGGGCGGCGUGUGGGCGCGUUGGACGCACACUGCCGCCUUCGCACGCGAGGCACGUCGUCGGAGUCGUCAACGCCUAUGACCGAGCGGGCAUUCGACAUUUUUGAGGGCAACAACAAACAGGCCUGGCUGGACCUCAAAACUGGAUGGUGCCACCUGUGCCAGGAACCACUGGGUGCGACGAUGGGCGUGCACAUUGGCGAUCGCGACCACACCAACUUGCAAUACUUUCUUUUCCUCUACGCCGCCCACGCACGGAGAUGGUCAGGAGAAGAAAUCCUGCGGUCUUGUAUGCUGACGGUGCCCAGCGUCCACCGCUACGCCACCCGGCACACAACGUGGGAUCAUCUGCACGUCAUGGAUGAUGCGAUGCGGCGCGCGGAACUGGAGGCGCUUUUGUUUUUUUUAACGCAACCCCCCCAUCAAGCCUUAUCACAUGUCCUACAAGGACGUAGCCCGUUUGGUUUUUGGUAUAGCGGUGAACGGAUGUGGAAGCUGCGCAUUUCACGCCUUGUCACGCAGCUGUUUCCUCCGAUAUCUGCGGGAAUGAUGACAAACUUCACGCAGAAGUGCUGGGGCAGAAGUAACGGGGAACGCAUGUACGAUGCCCUCCGUCUGCAGCGCAUCAAGGCCUACUUUGGUUGGCAGCCGUAUGAGAGCAAAGAGAAGAAGGCCUUUUUUGUUCGUCAACUGCUGUGGGAGCUGCUCUCGGUUGAGACGCGUGAUGAGGUGGACGAGUUUACAAAGCAUAUGGCAGACUUGGCACUGCAGCGCAUGGCAUUUGAGAUGGUAUUCCUGCAGUCCAUGGAGUACAUGCACAAAGUACAGUACGUGUAUGAGCUCAUGGGCAGGCCCACGAUGGAGGAGCUUGCGGCAAUGAAUUUACUGUAG